CUGACUCACUCAGUUUCAGAAAUAGAAAUGGCUUCAACGACACAUCUCUCUCUCAUCUCUAAACUUUCACAACCACAACAUCAUGGCCUCGUCAUCCCUCAAACACGAAUGUCUCCACUCACAGCAACUCGACCGGCAACGUACCGGUUCAAAUGCUCGGCUAGUCAAACGGGAUUCUUCACCCGACUCGGUCGGUUGAUAAAGGAGAAAGCAAAGAGUGACGUGGAAAAGAUAUUUUCUGGAUUCUCCAAAACCAGAGACAACCUCGCCGUAAUUGACGAGCUCCUGCUUUACUGGAACCUCGCCGACACAGACCGAGUCCUCGACGAACUGGAAGAGGCUUUGUUGGUUUCUGAUUUUGGGCCAAGAAUUACUACUAAGAUCGUGGAGAGCUUGCGAGAGGACAUUAUCGCAGGGAAGCUCAAGUCUGGUACUGAAAUAAAGGAAGCUUUGAAGAAAAGUGUGUUGGAUUUAUUGACUCAGAAGGCGACUAAGACAGAGCUUCAACUUGGUUUCAGGAAACCAGCUGUAGUCAUGAUUGUUGGUGUUAAUGGAGGUGGAAAGACAACAUCUCUCGGAAAGCUGGCUUAUAGACUAAAGAAUGAAGGGGCAAAGAUAUUGAUUGCAGCAGGAGACACAUUUAGAGCAGCUGCUAGCGAUCAACUUGAGAUAUGGGCGGAGAGGACUGGCUGUGAGAUUGUUGUGGCUGAAAAAGAAAAUGCUAAAGCAUCAUCAGUUCUUUCACAGGCUGUAAAACAAGGGAAAGAACUGGGUUUUGAUAUUGUUCUGUGUGAUACAUCUGGACGUCUCCACACUAACUACAGCCUGAUGGAAGAGCUGAUAGCAUGUAAGAAAGCUGUGGGCAAAGUUGUUUCUGGUGCACCUAAUGAGAUUCUACUAGUUCUAGAUGGGACCACCGGUUUGAACAUGCUUCCACAAGCAAGAGAGUUUAAUGAAGUCGUAGGAAUAACAGGGUUGGUUUUGACAAAGCUUGAUGGUUCUGCUAGAGGUGGCUGUGUGGUCAGUGUAGUUGAUGAGCUUGGCAUCCCUGUAAAGUUUGUGGGUGUUGGUGAAGGUGUAGAGGACUUGCAACCCUUUGAUGCUGAAGCAUUUGUGAAUGCCAUAUUUUCAUGAGACCCAACAUGCGUCAAACUUUUAAGUUUUUGGUGUAAACCGCUAGAGGCCGUGUAAUACAGUUGCCAGCACGGCGGCAUCUGGGGCUUCAAAGCGCACAGAAAAUUCAUAACAGCGAGAAUUGAGGAUGUUUUAGCGAAAUGUUAGUUGCUGGUUGAAACUGGGCAUGAUUCUUCCCAUCUUAUUAAAGCUGGUAACUUAAAAAUAUUCCCUUUGCUAAAGAACUCAUAAAUGUAACCGAUAAAGACUCAACAUGUACCUCCUAAAUCUAAAUCAACAUGAUAUGCCCCUCCCACUGAGUAUUGGUUUA